UGUGGAGUGGCUUGAAGGUUGGGAAGGAUGAGGCUAGGAAUGUGGGUUUGGAUCUUGGGUUUUGGGGAGUAUUGAAGGAUGGCUUUUGUAGAUGAGGGUUUUAGAUGGAGAAAUUUAUGAUUCUGAGGUACUUUUAUGGAUGGUGAAUUAAAUAGCUAAGUAAAGAGUUUGAAAUAUAGUUUCUCUUAUUUUGGAGAUAUUUCUACUCCAGGAAUGUUGAUAAUUAAUUUUAAAGGUCAACGAUAUCAAUUAAAAAGAGCUGUGUAUAUUUAUCUAAAUACUCAGUUUGGACAUAAAAACUCAAUUCAGUUUAUAAUCCUUUCUGGCACUCUUCUCAUUCUAGUCCAAAUUUGUGUGUAAAAAUAUGCCCUAAAAGCAGAAGAUAAAAUCUCUGAGCCCGUCUUCAAAAUGACUUCUAGCAGAAAGAACAUUGUGAGAAUUCUCUCAGUUGAGAAUCGUGAUCGAGAGCAGCCAAUGGGUUUAUAAACUACUAGAAGAAUUUCAAAGAUAACAAGUAUCGAAGAGAGCAAAACUCUUAGAAGAUUCCUUUAAAAAUGAUAUUGAUUGAAGCCAAGUCAAACUGUUACAUUGUUUUAAUAAAAUGAGAAAAUAUUUGUAACUAAGAGUCCAGUAGAAAUCUGAUCUUAAGACUUUACAGAUCUUACUUGCCUGGUGACAAACAACUCAUGCCCAAUCAUAUAUAAUGAAUAAUGCUUUAAUUAACCUUAUUCGGGUACUAAUAUAAAAUAGGAUUUUGAAGAAACUCAAAGAGUGUUGGAAGCGAGUCUAGGUUAGUAUAAGGAAACUCUGUAAUAAUAUAAAGAAAUGCGAUAUUUAAAGCAAGCUGUACAGAAGAGGAUAGAAGGCUUAUUGAUAAUGAUUACUUGGGAAGGGCCAUCUGAACAGUUAAAAAUUUUGUACUGGAUUCAUCAGAAUUUCACAUUCAGACAAGAGAUAAAGAUGACAAGGAUUAUAAAUAUAUUUAUCAGUGUCAUAAAGAUACACAACGCUUGUUUUCUACAAUUAUUUCUUAUUUACAACUCCAGAAGAAAGGAAGAGAGGAUCAAGGUUUAAAAUCAACAUAUCCAGAUUCUAGUAAAAAAGUGGAGGAGGUUCCUAAAACUCCCAAAAUGUGACUUCCUGCCUUAAGCUCUCUUAGUAACCCUGGUAUAUAUCCUAGGUGCUAUCGAAUGAUAAAGGCUAGUUUGGAUGGACCUUCACUCUCUAUAACCAAACAAGUUUCUCUCUUCCUCAAGUUGCAUUGGU